AUGGAGUCGCCGGCGGAGCGCAGGAGGAAGGGCACUCGCGGUGUACCGGGCCAGCGGAGACGGGGCCAGCCCAAGGGAUUCUCCUCCGGCGCCGCUUAUGCCGCCGGUGCCGCCUGCGUACGCCGCAGAGGGCUGGACUGGGGAGGGCUCCGGCCACUGGCUACAUCGGUCCCGCGACCUGUGCCGGCGUGGGCGUACCGGGCCGUGGAUCGCAGGGACGCGGAAGAGAGGUCGUGGUGGCUUCCUUGUGGACGCACGGCGGUGGCGGCGGCGGCGGCGGAAGCGCCCGCGGGGAGGGAGCGGAGGCCGUGA